UCUCCGGCUGCCAUUCCCAUUAUGCAAGCAGCCAGCUCCAGCUACUAGCUACGUGUAAAGUGCGUGUGAGUGGAUGCCCUUUGAAGCUUGCGACCUACAACCAGCGAAGAGGAGUGUGUGUCGUCGAGAAUGUGUGUGACCAGCUAAAACCUGCACCUGUUCGAUCCUUGAUCCUUUCGAUCCUUUCCCUCCUAUCGCUCCAGCUCUAGCCCACCGUCUCUCCUUCUGUCUCUCUUUUCUCGAGACUCGGUCGAAUCCUCUCUCUCGACAUCCCCCACUCCUUUCGCGAGGCCUCACGCGACAGAACAACGACUAUAGCCACGACUAUUUGCGACGCCAUCGACUCCGCCUUCAUAUUCACAGCUUCCUUCCCCUCACAAAGGCCACGAAUCCCUUCGCGCAGCAACCCGCAGCCAUGGCGCUCAUCUCGGCAAAAACCAUCAUCACCUCGGUGUCGCUCUUCCACGUCACCAUCGCCUACUUCUUCCUGACCAACCCGAGCUCCAUCGACAGCCAGGCGCUGGUCUUCAUCCUCGGCGAGAGCAUGGGCAUGCCCUACGCUCGAGGCUUCGACACCCAAAGUGCGCCGCUCGCCUUUCUCGCCGCCAUCCUCAUCUUCAUCGGCUUCAGCGAUCUCGUGUCGCUGUCCAUGCCCGAUGAGGUCUGCUUGAUCUUCCACUGGGGCACCCAAGCGCCUCUCCGAUUCCUCCUCUCCCUCGCCUUCAUCGCCUACAUCUUCCUCUUCGGCCCCUCGUCGCCCGUCUACAGCACGCCCUCGACGCGCGGCCACUUCGCCCACCCGAGCUCGCACAACCCGUCCUACCUCCCCGCUGGCUGGGGCGGCGACGGCCUCAAGAACCGCUUGUUCUUCACCUUCAUGUUCGUCGAGAUGAUGACCUGGUUCUGGAUCUGGGUCACCCUGCGCGAGGAGCGCAACGCCAUCCUCGAGAAGAAGUCGAGGCGGCGAAGCCAGUCCCACGUCUUGUAAGGGCCUUGCCCCAUCUUCGAUAGGCGUGGAACUUAGGGUUUGGAAAUACGGUCUAGCAUACAUCGGAGAUGUAUGCGUCUUCUCGGGGUUCAGGUCGUUGGCGCAUGAGGAAUCGGAUCGGUAUGGACUUGGGCCCGGCUUGGCAUGAUGGUUUCGACUGUUCAUCUGGAUAUAAUGUACAUCACCAAUCAAACACGGCGCCAACUCCUUGGGAGCUGUACUUUUCGCGAGCAACACAAACAAGGCUGUCUUAAUUCUAUUCCGUGAUUGAAGAAUACGCAGCGUAGGUAUCCAUAAGUACUAUACAACCACCCAACUCAAUCCGCUGGUGGCAACCAAGCUGCAUUGUUCAUAAAGGGGGUCAG